GGUGGCCCUUGUGCAGGGAAUUGAAGGAAGUGCAGGAGGAUGCCACACAGAGAUGGUAGAGGGAGUGAAAGGAGCAAAGGCCCUAACUUUCCCUUAAUGAUGUCUCCUUACAUCUUUAGUCCAGCCCAGCAAUGUACAUGUUAUCCUCCCCGUUUGAAGAUGAAGACACUGAGGCUCAGAAAGAUCUAACGCCUUUCCCAAACUCACAGCUACGGCCUGACGGAGCCAUGUAAGCAGCAAGAAGGCCCUUACCAGACACUGCAUGCUGGUGCCUUGAUCUUGGACUUCCCAGCCUCCUGAACCGGACCACUGGUGUCAUAGCAGAGAUGAACCUCACCUUGGUGACCGAGUUCCUCCUUAUUGCAUUCACUGAAUAUCCUGAAUGGGCACUCCCUCUCUUCCUCUUGUUUUUAUUUAUGUAUCUCAUCACCUUAUUGGGGAACUUAGGGAUGAUUAUUCUGAUCCGCAUGGAUCACCAGCUCCACACUCCGAUGUAUUUCCUUCUGAGUCACCUCGCUUUCAUGGACAUCUGCUACUCAUCUAUCACUGUCCCCCAGAUGCUGGCAGUGCUGCUGGAGCAUGGGGCAGCUUUAUCCUACACACGCUGUGUUGCUCAGUUCUUUCUGUUCACCUUCUUUGGUUCCAUCGACUGCUACCUCUUGGCCCUCAUGGCCUAUGACCGCUACUUGGCUGUGUGCCAGCCCCUGCUUUAUGUCACCAUCAUGACACGGCAGGCCCGCUUGAGUCUUGUGGCUGGGGCUUACGUUGCUGGUCUCAUCAGUGCCUUGGUGCGGACAGUCUCAGCCUUCACUCUCUCCUUCUGUGGAACCAAUGAGAUUGACUUUAUUUUCUGUGACCUCCCUCCUCUGUUAAAGUUGACCUGUGGGGAGAGCUACACUCAGGAAGUGGUGAUUAUUGUGUUUGCCAUUUUUGUCAUCCCCGCCUCCAUGGUGGUGAUCUUGGUGUCCUACCUGUUUAUCAUCGUGGCCAUCAUGAGGAUCCCUGCUGCAAGCCGGGCCAAGACCUUCUCCACCUGCACCUCCCACCUCACUGCUGUGUCACUCUUCUUUGGUACCCUCAUCUUCAUGUACUUGAGAGGUAACUCAGAUCAGUCUUCGGAGAAGAAUCGGGUAGUGUCUGUGCUUUAUACAGAGGUCAUCCCCAUGUUGAAUCCCCUCAUCUACAGCCUGAGGAACAAGGAAGUGAAGGAGGCCCUGAGAAAAAUUCUCAAUAGAGCCAAGUUGUCCUAACCAUCUCCAAACUUGGAAAAUCCCGAGAACCACCUACUCUGUAGUGUCAGAAUUCUGGACGCUCAUUAUUUAUAGCAUGCUCAAUGUUUAAAUGAAUAUAUUAUGGUACUAGGUAUAAAAAAGAACCAGAACUUUUAGCUCCAGGGAGAGGAAGGAAGACAAGGAAAAGUCAACCUGAAAAGAGAUUGGAGUGGGAGUUUUGAUUCCCAGGACAAGUGACAAAAGGAUUUGAAAUUAAAGCCUAUGCAAUCCAAAUAUGGCACACCUCACCUGUCUGUGAUUACAAGAGUAAUUUUUUUUUGCAAAAUUUUUAAUGAAAGAUUUUCAUCAUAUAGAAAUGUUAAAAAUAAUGUGUAGGAAGUUUCCUAUACUUAGUACUGAGAUUGUGUAAUUGCUAAUAUUUGCUGUCUUUACUUGGUUACAUAGAUGUAAUCUAUCUGUGAGUUUAUUCAUCAAUCAAUUUACUCAUCAAACCACCUUUUUUUGAUUCAUUUCAAGGUGAGUUCCGCACAUCAGCAUUAGUACCCUUUACUUCUAUGCACUUCAGAAUGAUAUCAUCAAUUAGGAUUCAAUAUUUAGAUUACAUUUAUUUUUAAUGAUCAAACUAUGGUCGUUUGAUGAUCCAAUUAGCAAAGCUGACCCUGCUCAAGGUAUGCCUUAAUAUCCUGGUAGUAGUUCUCAAGAAGGCCUCACACAAACUUCUAAACAAUGCCUACAAUAACAUGUCUGUCAAUUACUAUCACCUCUGAAUAUAUGCCCUGUUCUUUUUCUUCCUACCUAUUACAGUUCUCUCUCGUCAUAUGGCAUGACUGAAAAUCCACUUAGCAAAGUUAUACCAUUCCCACUGCCCAUAAUGGCGUCUUCAGUGUCUGUAUCAUAGACAUUGACUCUCUGUGUUCUGAAAGCUUUUUCCUUCAGGGAGGCAGAACAUUGCUGCAUUCCACAUGGCGAUAGGCAGGAGGGUGAUCCUCGCCUAUCCUGGGUCCCUGCGCUCUGCAGCAGCUCAGCCUGCAUCCAAAGCCUCAUAAAAUCUGUCUGUUCUUAAUCUUUACUUCUCUAAUCACAGGGGACUUGUCUCAAUCAAACCCAAGGCACUGGAAGAGAACAGGCCCCAUCUAUUAAUUUUUUUUCAUUUAAACAAAUUUUUAUACCUGGAACUCAAACUUCUUUUCCUGUCUCCUGGAUUACUAAAAAAAAAAAAAAAAAAAAAAAUCCAAAACCAAAAUAACAACAACAAAAAA